CCUCUCUGAUGUUAUGUGUAUCCAUUGGCUCGUCCCUUUGCAGGCCGCGACAGGGCAGGCAGUCGGCCUACAGUCUGUGAUGUCAUCACCACGCGCCAUCCUGACUCUCCAUCAACCCCCAUCUCUGACUGUGUACUUGACCAGCAGACCCCGUAGCCCCCCGCUGCCUCCUCCUCUGCCUCCAGGCCGUCCGCCACCCCCGACUCCCCCUCAGGAGAGAGCUGACGAGGCGGAGCCAAUGGCGGUGGGAGGAAGUGCAGCAACAGGAGGAGGAGGAGGAGGAGGGGGGGGGGCGCCGGCCGUGGCGACGACAGCAGGAGGAAGUGGCGGCGGAAGUGGAGGCAGCGGCGGUGGAAGUGGGGGAGGAGUGGAGGACUGGGAGGAGCGGGACACUCCUCUCCGCCAGCUGGAAGCCGGGGAGGGGGAGGAGCGCGACGGAGCGAGGGCGCCCCGAGCCGUCGACAACCAGUACUCCUUCUUCUGAUGAAGGGAAGAGCAAGAGCGGGAGCAGGAGGAGGAGGAGUGUGUAUGUGCGUUUGUGUUUGUGUGUGAGCGAGCGUGAGAUUGGAUGAGGCGGCGUAAAUCAUAGCCAUUCAUAACCAGUAUUUUUAUUUUAUUAGCAAGGUUGGAGGCGAAACGGAGGAGAAGGACAAGGAGGUAAAAGUACUAACACUAAACGAGAGAGAGAGGAGACAAAGCAGACGGGAGAGACAGGCGGAAGCAGCUUUACGACACUAACUAGCGGUACACUUGUUUUAAUUUUUUUGUAGUCUAAUAAGCUUUGAUUUUUGCCGGUACGAAUCGCAGCGGGCUCUCUCUCGCUGUGGAGCCAGCAGACCUGAUACCUCACGUCGGUCCUGCCAAGUCAAACCAGAGGCCAAACACACACUCACACACAUCUGCACUGUGGCAGGUAGACCCAAAACUCUACUUACUGGUACACAGCAGGCUCCUUUUAAAAAUUAUACAGAUUGAAAGCUUCUGAAUGUAGCGUCUUUGGUAUUUUUCAACCCGGACUCUGUGGUCACAUGUUUUUGCGACUGAUGGAGACAACAGUCAUGACAUUAGUUGACUUUUGAGCGUUAUGGGUAGAGCUGCAAGGGUUAAUCUAUCAGUUGUCAAAUAUGAAAUGAAUCGUCAACUGUUGUGAUAAUCGAUUUGUCAGUUUGAGAAGGAGAAAAAAGUCCAAAUGUUAUGAUUCCAUCUUCCUAAAUUGAAAUGCCUUUUUGUUUCUUUGCUCCAAUAAAGACUGUAACUGAAUAUCCUUGAGUUGUGGAUAAAACAAGACAUUUAUCAUCUUUCACUAUUUUCACCUAAUCGACAACUUAAUCGACAAAGAUGAUUAGUGUUAGUUGCAGCCCUACUGCAUUUUCCUAUCAGGCGAUUCUGCACCAUCAAUGUCUACCACUUAAAGUUUGAGUUGACGCUGACUCAGGCUCAGGUUGUUAUUUUAAACAUCUGACAACAAUAUAGAAGCAGUCUGUAGAUAAAUAUAAUGUCUUUCUUUACAUUUCCCCCUUGAUGCACUCUGUUGUGUCUAACAAAGUCUCACUCAAGGAGGAGUCACUUUCUGAAAUCUCAUGUUGCAUCCACAUUGUUGAAAUCAGCUAAGUAUUCCUUUGAGUACACUCUAUUUCUACAAGUCACAGGACACAAUAACGUGAUAACUGUAAAGGUAAAGAAAGACACUUUCCUCUGUAGGAUACUUUCCAUAAUGUUUUCAGAAACGUAUAACAAUCUGAGCCAACUUUUUCAAAACUAAACAUUAUAAUCUACAGUUUAAUCCACAAUGAAAAUAAUUUAAUCAAUUGUUUCGACUGUCAGAAAAAAGUGGAAAAUGUCGAUCAAAUGUCUCGUUUUGUCCACAGCUCAAACAUUUAUAAUUUACUGUCAUAGAGAAACUAGAAUAUAUUUAUAUUUAAAAACUGUAAUUAGAGAAUUUAAACGUUUUUUUCUUGCAAAAAAUUAUUCAGACCGAUUAAUCGAUUAUGGAAAUAGUUAGAAAUACUUUGAAUAGUUAACAAAUAAUGCAUUCAUUUUUGCUGCCCAAAUACUGAAGCGCUGAAUACUGGACUAAUUUCAAAAAUGGUUGACACAAUUGUAUUCUGUAAAAUUGGAAAAAUAUAGAAGUUAAAGGUGGUGAUAUUCCAUGGAAUGCUCUUAACAUCCCGAUAGCAAUGAAUAUCUUUAGUGCUUUGACAAAAAAUCCGUAAAAAAAGUUCAUCUCUGGAAUGCUGUAAAAAGCACGACCUAUCAUUUCAGCCGGCCCGGCUAAAAUAACUGGAUGGCCUACCUGUCUGUGAGCCUUCCAUCUGUGCACAAACUUGU